AGGAUAACGGAGUUAUCAGGUUGGCCGCGGUGAUAUGUACGCCGAAUAGUAAGCAAAUGUCAAACUUUAUGUAUGUGGCAACCCAUGAUGACAGUAGAUAUAACAGUUGACGUAAAUGAAACAACGAGCUUUGUCACUGAAGAUUCUACAGGCAUCACUCACGUCCUGGAACAAAACUCGACUGUGUCCUUCGUGGAGAUCAGUAGUACUUUAUCUAUAAAUCCUUUGGGUGUAGCUGACAAUGACACAUUGAAAAACGUGUCCACAGAUUCGCCUCUUGUUGAUAACGACCCUACUGAAGUUAGCAGAAAAAUCGGUGACCCAACAUCUGAUAGAUGUUCCAUAUUAGAUGAAUUCGGUUCCUGGGAUUUCUUUUAUAAAUACUCAAGAGAUGAAGUGAGUGAGUUGAUGUGUGUCUGUAAUGGUUUGUGUAUUGAUGAUAUUGAACCCCCUGCUGGGGUUGAUGGAGAGGAUGAUGACGACCCAGAUGGAGACGAAUUUUUAUCAGAAGAAGAAGACCGUGUUACUUUUGUGGCGGUAACCACUGUUUAUUCCGCUAUAUUUGGUUUUGGCUUAAUAGGAAAUGUCCUAACUAUAUGUGGACUGGUGUUUUGGAUGAAAAGUCGGUCGGCAACUUUUCUUUUAAUCUUGGGACUAGCUUGUUCCGAUCUUCUUGUUGUCUUGGUUUGUCUGCCACUAAAGGAAAUAGAAUUUUUUCGCAUCUCUACUAUAUUCGAAGGAUAUAUCUGCAAGAUUGUGUACUAUAUUAAAGAUUUCAGCUUAGCUUGCUCAGUCCUGACGCUAACAGUCAUUAGUUUCGAAAGGUUUUACGCCAUUUGCUAUCCGCUAAAAGCCCAGUUCCGGUGUAAUACGAGACGGGCGCGUGUUCUGAUAGUGAUUAUUUGGUUGACAUCAGCAGUUCUGGCCUCGCCCACAAUUAUAGCCAUGAAGAGUUAUAAAAGUGCAUGGACCAACACUAAUCUGUGUCACAGCAACUUUCAAGACUCUCUGCACACGAAGUUAUACUUCAUAUAUUUCCUGGCGAUUCUGUACGUGUUACCAUUGACAGUGAUGUGCUACACAUAUGGUCGAAGUUGUCUGGCACUGUGGCGUAGUGCUAAGAUAGUCCGGAACAUGCAGGGCAAGGAUAUCAAGAAGAAAUGUGUUGAUGAAUCCGAUGCUUCUUCCGGCUACUCAUCAACAACUAUCGGACAAACAAACAGCAAAAUUGACAAAACAACUAAAGACAAGGAACAGUCGGCCAACACAGUGGAAAAACGAAAGCAGGUACUUCAGUUAUUGUUGAGUCUAUUGGUUGUGUUUGUCGUCUGUUGGGGACCUACCCUCGUUAUACACGUAUUAACAGCUUUUAACAUUCGUAUAUCACACUUCUAUAUAACACGACUAACGGCAGAGACAUUGGCUUUCUUCAACAGUUGUCUGAAUCCUUAUCUCUUUAUGGCCAUGUCAAGUCAGUUUAGAAAGACAUUGUAUAAGAAGUUAUCGUGUGGUGGUAAAGAUAUAUCAAGCCAGUCUACGGCGUUGGGUAGUAAAUUUACUGCCAGUUCCACGGGUAUCAGCACAUUAUCCGUUGAUAAAUAUGCCUAGUUGUAUCUUAUGACAUUGCAAUAUCGCCGACUGUUAACGAAGGGAACAGUUUUGUAGAUUCAAGUGUUAGUGAACUGUAUCAAUCUUCGGCAUUACAUGUACUUGUAUUUCACUGUUGUGUCGUGAUAUUCUUCUAUUCGUAUUCAAUUUGAAUGUUUGUCAUUAACUGUAGCAAUGGCUGCACGCAUUAUUAGAUCAUUAACUAUUGCUACAUUACAUAAUAUAGUAUGUAUUUAUUGAUUAAUCUGGUUAAAACACAGAUCAUAUUUGCUGUCUUUUUUAUAGUUCAAAAUUUCGUUUUUCAACCGGUAAAAUCUUCAUGUAGUGAGGCCAUCGAUAGAAUAAAAACGAAAGGAAAUAUAACAUGUAUUUUAAUCGGAUUGUUCAUUCAUCUUGGUGUGACAAAAAAAAACCCGUAAAAUAUUAUGUGUAAAAGUGGACUUGAGCUCGUAAACAUAUACCUCAUCUCUCUGAUCUCUCGAACUGCCAUGUCUCGAGAUAGUUGGAGGGAAGGGGGGAGUGAGGGUAUGAGUUUUAUUUUGGGUAGCGAUCGUGAAUCACAGAAGCAUUAACUGUACACAAACUAUAUUAUUAUAUUAUAAGUUUGCAAGCGAGAACUACAGGCUCCAAUCGUAUCUAAAAAGAAACACAUAUCUCGACAUUUUUGCGAUGUUUUAUCUUUAAUAAGAUGAUCAUGUCCAUAUUCAGCUAAUCUCAAGUCACUCACAUGGUUACGGGUUUUCCAAAUCGUACAAGUUAGAACAUUCUACUUAUAUUUCAAGUUAUGCAAUAUUAUGUCAAUAAAUCGUAAUGAUUUUUCAAGUGCUCCAAGUUAACGAUACUCUGAACUCGAAAGUUGGAAUCGCUGUAAACAGGUAGCCUACACUUCACCAACUUCUAACCAGAUAAAAUCUCCCCUCAUAUCAAAUAAAUCAGCUACAGAAGAUCCAAAAUAAGGCAGCCCGUAUGGUAACAAGAACCAAACAACGUGUUCAUAUUACUCCAGUACUAAAGAAUCUACAUUGGUUACCUAUUGAAUCACGUAUUAACUUUAAAAUCCUCUCCUUAACGUACUUGAUUCUACAUUCUGAAGACUCUCCCCAAUGUUAUGGAAUUCUCUACCCGAAAACAUAAAAAACUCGCAAUCCCUCGUAACUUUUAAAAAAUUGUUAAAAACAGAACUUUUUAAGCAAAGUUUCAUGUACUGAUCGUGAUGAUUUUUAAAAAUUGAACUUUUAAGCAAAAUUUUAUGGAGUAUCUGUCAUGACUUUUAAAAAAAAUUGAACUUGUUAACAAUGUUUUAUGUUCCGAUUGUGAUGACUUUUAAUAACUUAACUUUUUAGCUAAGUUUUAUAUAAUGCUUGCUCUUUUAAUUUUAAUAACUUCAUAUUUCUUAAAUGUCCGUGAUUAUAUGUAUAAUUCAUUUUUUAUUUAACAAAAUGUAAUAGCGCCGCGGAGCAGUAAUUUUUACUGGAAUGCAGGCUCUUUAUAAAUUCAUUAUAUUAUUAUUAUUAUUAUGUAAACUUAGCAUGAAGAUUAUCUAUUUUUGAUCAGCAAAUCUGUUAACUCACAAAGGUCGAUUUCAUGACAGAUGUAUUCUAUUUUCAAAAUAAAAUAAAAUCCAGCCA